GAAUUAGAGUGUGUGUGUUUGUGUACUUGACUGGUUUCACAACUGAAGCAGACAGGCCACAACUCGAAUUGCACUCAGUCCUGUAGGUGUGUCCUUGUAGACAGGUAAGAGUUGUCCAAACCUGCUUACUUUGUGUGUGGUUGCACCAGUAGUGCAUACCUGCAUAUCUAGCACAGGAUCACUCUGUGACUUUCCACUUGUCUCUGCGCUUCUGUCAUUCCCACUCUGUCAUUCUGUGUUUUUCUUUAUUGGACUAUUCCUGUUAAUAUAGCAGAAAUGCCAGUCAAAGUGUUUUUUACAAGUGUGAGUGGUUCUACACAGAUUAAGAAGAACCAAGAUAGAAUCUUUUCUAUCUUAUCCGCCAAGAAGAUCCCCUUUCAACCUGUGGACAUUUCUCAGAGUUCUGAUGAUAAAGAUUUAAUGAGGCAGGGAGCAGGAGAUCCGACGGCGCUCCCUCCACAAAUAUUCAAUGGAGACGUCUACUGUGGGGACAUCAAUGCAUUUGACAAUGCAAUCGAGAUGGAACAAUUGGAGGACUUCCUUAAGCUCUGAAAGGAACAGUGAUGCUCAACUACAUUGCCAUAACCAACUAAACCUGUUAAAGAGGUGUUUUUUGUUCUUUUUUUACUUUGUUUUUACCCACGCUUGUGUGAUAAUAUAUCAUGUAUUAACGUUUCAUCAGAGCUAGUUAUAGAAAAUGCCAUUUUUGUUUUGUUUUGUUUUGUUUUUUUAAAUAAAAAAUGCUCAGAAUAGAAUUGCAUGUGGCCUUCAGUGACAUUUUUAUUUGUGAAGUUUAUGUGGGACCACAUCCUCUGUCCUCUUCGUGUAACACCUUCUGUGGGAUUACUUGCAUAGUAGCAUUCAAGCUGUUGGUGUCCACUUAUGCCUUCUUGUUCCAGUAGCCCACUAUUAUGUGCUGUGCAGAUGCCUCUGAUGCUAUCCAGCACAUGAGUAUGCACUUGGGUCCUCAUCCCCACAACACAUGACCAGCACACCCUCUUUUUACGUAUAAAGACGCGAUGAAAAAAACAAUCCUUCUCAUUCUUGACA